AGGAGCCCUCGCUCUUUUUGGUUCCUUUCCAAACAUUUUUUAACAGAGGAAGGAUGUAAUAACAUGCCACGGGCAAUAAAUCACAGGCUGGCUACUCCCCCUGGCUCCCCUCCCCCAGCCCCAGCGAUCCCGGCCCCUCUAUAGAGGCAGGGGAGGAGGGGACUGCAGCAGAGCGCCGCGGCCGUCCGUCCCCGCCGUCCGUCCGUCCGUCCCCGCGCCGCCAGCCGCCCCAGCAUGGACGUGAGAGCCCUGGCGCUGCUCGCCUUCGCCCUGGCGGUUGUCUGCCUCUCGGAGGAGAAACCCGUCAGCCUGACUUACCGAUGUCCCUGUCGAUUCUAUGAGAGCAACGUGGCAAGAGCCAACAUUAAGCACCUCAAAAUCCUCUCCACACCCAACUGCUCCCUUCAGAUUGUUGCAAGGCUCAAGAACAACAGCAAGCAAGUGUGCAUUGAUCCCAAGUUAAAGUGGAUCCAGGAAUAUCUGGAGAAAGCUUUAAACAAACCACGUCAUCGCACUCAUAAAAAAAAGCAACAGAAGAAACGGGGCCUACUCUGCCCUUCCCGUGCAACACCACAAAAGUCUCCAGGGAGAAAGAAUGGAGGUUCAAGAUGUAAGAGGCAAGCAUUGUAAGCCGUCUACAGGAUUUCUUACUGUAGGACCCAGAGAGCAGAUAACCAGUAUUAGGGAAUGAAUUCAUUUCACAGUUAUCAUGCAACACAAAAGCAACGCUUCAUGCAUUUCCAAGCUUUUUUCUUCUUCUUUUUUUUUUUUUUUUUUUUUUUUUUUUGCACAAAUGGGCUUGCUUUCACAGUGCUAUUUUCGUGUAGUAAGAUGUAUUUGUUUUGAGAAAAAUAUCUUUUUAUGCAGGUUGGUUUAUUACCUUGCACUGAGGGCAAAUAUGAAUUUAUACUAACUCUAUGUUAUUAUAUAACAUUUUGUUUCAUUUGCUAUGUAGAGGUUCUGCUUUAUUUAACUUUCUUUUGGUUCAUGCAAGUCUCCUGGAGGUUUAAACCUAGAAGGACAUGAACUGUACAGUGCAAUGAUGUUGUGCAAGAAGUGGUGGAGCUCCUUGCCCCCAAAAAUCAGUGAGGCCAGGAACAUAGGAAAGCUCUAAAAAGCAUCAGACAUCGAUAAAAGUGAACAGCAUUAUCAUGGGUAGUGAUUAUAGGUAUUUUGACUAAGGGAUGAAACUGAAAGCUACAGGGCUAAAGCCAUGGGCAGUUGGGUCAAUACAUAUCUGCUAUAGCAAGGUGCUGGUACAUUGGUUUGUAGCAGCUGAGUGUGUUAGGAGUCACAAUACUGAUCUGAUGUCACCUGGAGUUUUCCUAUGUUCCUGUGUUUCUGAUGAUAAGUUUUGGCACAAAAAAAUAAUGUUUUUUAAAGAUCUAACCAUGUGAUCAUGUUGGAAAUUGCUGGAGCAGUCAGAGAUGCUGCCAUGCACCAGGUGUCUGUUAUCACCCAUCUGCAGGAGGUAGUUUCAGCUAGCCUGGCUGGCUUUGCACCAACGUAAGAUGGGGGUGCAUUGACAUGACCCUUCAUCAGCAAUGCUGUAGCCUGUUACCAAACAGUCACAAGUAUGUGAGGGCAGUAACAUCUUUGAUUGCUCUGGAUAUAUCCAAAAGAGGAUGUCUGGCCAUAUCUUUGGAGAAAAGAGAUAUCUGGGGCAAGAGAGAAAAUAGUAAGAAUCAGCUCGUUUUGCCCAAAAAAGUGGUAUUUUUUAGGUGUGGAAAUGAAGGCAAACAGUCACUGUUCACCAGCAGAGAUGGUUCUGUUUUCUUGUGAAACAAAUAUGUCUUCUAGAGUUUCCCAUGCAAAGUACACCCAGGGAGAAGCACCACCACUUCUUUCACCAACCCCCUCUGUCAGCCAGAAAUUGCUUUCUGUCAAUUCUUACCUGUAUAAACAAAUGUCUUUGCUGUAUAACCUAUGGAAAAAGACACCUGAAAUACUGCAAUAAUCAUGUUAUGCUGUGCAGUGAGAUCUGGGGGAAGCACACAUUGAGCUUUAUGCGGCACAGUACUUAUAUUUGUAUGUAUCUGCAUUUGUGUUUAUUGUAAAACAACUGUAGCUGUCUAACAUUGUAUGUUUUUGUUGGGUGGGUUGCUUGAAAAGGAAUCUUCCCUCUUAUCUGCAGCAUGUGUCAGGAACACUGAAAAGGAUGUUUCACUAAUCACUCCCUUUUGUGGCAGGCAUCUUUAAUGCCAAAGAGCUGCUUUGGCUAGACAGGGACUGCCUUAUUUUCCAUGUGGAUUCAGGUAACAAUCUUGUAAGUAUUUUCCUGUCUGCAAAAGGGUGCUAUUACAGAGACCGCUUCAGCUGGGACCACAUUGCCUCAUUUGCUUUUAAGUAGAAACCAAGUAUCGUGCCUAAAAUUUGUGGGUGUGAGUUUGUCUUUUCCUCUAUUGUUAUCGUUACCAAGCUGGUGCUUUAAGUGUCAUUUUAUCUCUGUUUUGAAAGGUCUAGUACCACUGUUCCUGGGGAGAAUUUGACUGUUGAUUUCAGUGGGAGUAGGAUCAGAACAUCUGCUAUAGGAGUAAAGGCAGAAAGAACUUGUAUAAGAAAACCAGACUCUUUUCUAUCUUCCCUGGACUGCACUUUAUAUCCUAGGGUUCAUCUCCUAUCCUCACACGAGCAUCUGCAACUGCUAAUGGUUUGCCAAGAGACUGACAUGUGAGUGUGGAAGCCAAAAAUGACUUUGGGGAAAGAUGGAAGAAUUUUGGUUCUGAUACAGAUGUGAAGCUUGUCUUUCUCACACCCGGAAGGGGCAUUCUUCACAUGUGCUUGCCAUCCAGCAACAGCUCAAUGUCUGAUCUGUUCCUAUUGGAGUCAAUGGAGAAUUAAAUAAUCCUCUGUUUUUGAUUCAUCAGCAUACCUUGCUGAUGAUAGGGGACAUGGAGAUUUCAUUUGUAGGGCUUUCCUAGCCCUAGACUGGCUUUCCCUUAAAAGCAGCAGUGAAGAAGAGAAAUCACCAGUUCAGGCUUACUAUCUGAACAGCCCACAGUAGAGGGUAUGAUAUUUGGGCACUCAAGCAAGAUUCUGCAUUUGAGCGUAUGCCUGGCUAUCUCUUGUCUUUCCACUCCUUACUAAGGUCUCAAAUUUAUUAUAUUUCAGACCUCAGUACUACAAUGGCCUGAUGGGGUGGUAAAUGUGGUUGCAGAGCCUUGACAGCCUUCUGCUCCAGUCCCCACUAACAGGAAGUGCACUGGGAUCAGCAACAGCAGGGAAUAGUGUCUGGGCACAUCCCCGCGUUGCAGCCUGAGUCACUGAGAUGGGCAGAGCUGGAGCACCCUGGCCAGACCCCUGACUCUCAGCUCUAGGCAGUAUGUAGGUGGUGUAGGUACUGCAGGAAGAUGCCUAACUUCCUCUUCUAGGGGCAGAUUAGUGGGCAUUUCAGGAGCAAACUGUGCUAAUAGAAUGGCAUUUGUUGCCGUGAGAAAUGCUUAAGUCCCUGAAGGGAGGAAAAGGACUCCCUGCAUGGCUAAGAAGCAUUAACAGACAGGAGACGAUUGCGUGCCUUAUUGGCCUUCUGUCUCUGGCAUUUCUUGGGAAUCCCAUGGUGUGGCCUGGCCCCUGAGACUCCAGUGCUGCUGAAGAUUUGUUGCACACGCCGCUAAGACCCCUCAGUGAGUGGGGCUGCUCCUGGGGGCUGAUUCCACUUCCUUUCUUUGCCUGGAGCACAGUUCCCCUGGAGCAAGCCUAAGUACAAUGUGAAUGCAGGGGUGGAGCAGGCCUGGCCAGGAGUCACUGAAGACUUACCUAAGUGAGAACCUGCUAAAAGCUCUCUCUUGCUUUCAUCCAAGCUAUAACCUUGAGAGGGAAGCUUUGCUUUCUGCCUAAUGUGAUUUGCUGAGAACCAUUGAAUCGAGAAGAGCAGCCGUGCUCUUCACACUAGAGAAAUCAGUCACUAGGCUGCUUCAAGCUUCUUGCGCUAUUCUAUGCAUUAAGCUCUAUUCCUCACAUGCAUGCCGUAGUCUUAACAGGUUUUGAGGCAGCACCAACAGAAGCCUGCUUGGGAGAGCACUAGAUUUUCCUUUCUGCUUUUAACUGUGGACCAAAGAGCAAAUCAGGGAAAGGAAGGAUGGGGAGAUAGGAGUGAUGUAAGGGCCAGAAGAGGUAACACUGAACCAGCACUGAAAGAAUAGAUUCCAUAAAUGAGAAGUAGUCACGUGUGCUGUUUUCUGAACUGCAGCUGUUUAAUCCUAAGGUGGUGAUUGUUGUUUGUUUGUUUAUUUGUUUGUUUUAAAGAAGAAUCGAUGGUAUUUAUUACUAUGCCAAAAUGUUUUUAUUUAUACUAGCUUUACACUUGUAUAUAUGAAUAUCUUAUCUGAAUUCUGCCUGUGGAAGGAUGAAGAUGACUUUUUGAUGUGUUUUUAACUAAGGUGUUUGAUCAUAGGUGACUGUUCAUUAGUCUUUUGCAAUGAGGGCUAUAUUCCACAUUAAAUGCACACAUCUUACUGAAAAUGAAGUUCCUGUAGAAGUUUUUGUUGCUAUUUUUCCAUUGUCAUACUCUAGAGGAUCCUUUUUUUCUCUGGCAACUUGUUUUGAGUGAUGCAAUUAUAGUAACAAGGGGCUUCGGAGAACUCUUUACCUAAAGUCUGGAUUUUUUCUCUACUAACUCUCUACUCUUGGCUACACCAAGCCAAAUCUUGCCCACAAACAUGAAGCUCUGAUGGCUACCGAGAAGAAAGUAUUUAUCGUGAUGAAAGGGCUGCAUGAACCUCCCAUCUUCCACUCCUAAAGAACUCAGUGUUGUCAGAAUGUGGUGUAUACUGUAUUUUAUAUUUUUAUUAAGUAAAAAGAAAUAUCUUCCCAAAUAAUGUGAAAAAAAGCUUUUGUAUUUGUUUUUCUGUAAGGCAGCUUUUAUGGAGGAGUUAUAUUAUGCUUUUGAAAUUACUUCUUUGAUAGAAUAUUUUGCAAAUAAACACAUUUAUAUUGUUGUAAUUUCUCUGGUAAAUGUGUAUGCACUUAAAAUUUUCUUAAUAAAAAUGUCUAUCUAAAUCAAA